AUGUCUAUGCCAGCACCCUCCAAGCCCCUUGGGGCCCUUGACUUCAGCUCCGUCAGCUACGGAAAUAAGGCCCAGCGCUUUACAGCACAGAGCAACCUCGCACGGCUGAUCCUUGCCGAUAAGCUACAGGCAUUCCAAGAGCUCAAGGUACUGGCAAAGGUGACAUUUGCCGAAGGCGACUUCACGGACCCCGAUCCCGUCUACAUCGACGCCCGCUCCAGCCCGGUCAAGCUCCUCGACUCGGCCCCCACCGACGGCGCCGAGCCCGCCUUUGAGCUCACAUGGCGCCCAGAGCGCUUCGAGGACCUGGUCGAGGGCCGCGAUGACCCGCAGACCGCCGUAUUUAUGUCGGCCGUCCCCACCAAAGGAGACUACCCCCUGGCCAUCCGCUUCGCAGACCUCAUCACUCCGAACCCCACGGAUGCUCCGACGACAAAGGACGAGCUCAACCUCGACGAGCUGCCCAAGCCGACAGAAGAUAUCGAGCAGGUCAAGCGUGACUUGAGGAAGUGGGGUUAUGGUCUGAUGAAGAAUGCACUCACUCCCGAGCAAGUCGCGAUCCUCAAGAAGGGUGCCCAGGAGCAGGCUGCCGGCGAACGUAAUGCUGGCGUGGCAACAUUCGAUGGCGGCCCAAAGAAGCCCAACCAGCGCAUCUGGAACAUCUUCAACAAGGGAGAGGAGUUCCUCGACCUACUGAACCACCCCCUGAUCGAUGAGGUCGUGCCGUGGUACCUCGGCUGCAACAACCCCCUUUUGUGGUCCUACAACAUCAACAUCGCCCGCCCCGGCGGUAUGCCUCAAGUCCUCCACUGGGACCAAGGUAUCAUGGGCCACGGCCGCACCAAGCCCUGCGCCCUCAACAUCUCCUGGCUCCUGUGCGACUUCACCGAGAAGAACGGCGGUACCCGCAUCUUCCCCGGCUCGCACAACAAGAACGUUCGCCCCCGCAACGUAUUCACCAGCGAGGGCACAAUCGCCUGCGAGGCGCCCGCCGGCACCGCCAUGAUCUUCGAGGGCCGCAUCUGGCACGGCACGGGCCGCAACACCGAGACCAGCGGCGAGAGACCCUGCGUGCUCUCCCUCUUCACCCACCCGGCCGUCCGACCCAAGGAGAACGCGCUGCUCUCGCUCAGCUGGGAGGCCGAGGACGAGCUCCUCUCGGAGCGCCACAAGUCGCUUGCUGCGCUGAGGACGGGUCAGGCUGGUGUUGGUGGCGCGUUGGGUGAGGCGAGAGAGGGUAUCAUUGUAAAGCGACCGCGGGAUGACUUUACGACUGUGGGCAAGCUGAGGGCACCGCAUGAUGAUGCGGAGGUGGCCAAGAUGAUCGAGACUGGAUCUCAUGCCAAUAAUGCGCAGUCUGCCGUCCGUGAGGCCGGAGGACUCGACAAAUAA